GCAAGAUUUUAUAUGAAGGUAUGGCGGUAUCAACAGUUCUUAGCAAAAGUGGUGAUUGUCGACGCUAAUAUUUCGUGGUAAUUACUUGCAGAAGACUUCACGAUGGCUCACCAGAGUCAAGGUGGAAUGGAGUGUGGGAUCAGUGCCCAGGAAAUGGAUGAGCAGCGUCAGAAGAAUGUAUCUUAUCAAUAUUUGUGUCAUUUGGAAGAGGCAAAAAAGUGGAUUGAAGCCUGCAUAAACGAAGAGUUGCCUGAAGCUGGAGAGUUAGAAGAAAAGCUGAGAAAUGGUGUUUACCUGGCAAAAUUGGGUCACUUCUUUGCACCUGACACUGUACCGCUUCGACGAAUAUACGACUCAGACUUGAGCCGGUACAAAUCCCUGGGAUUAACUUUCAGGCAUACAGACAAUAUAAAUUACUUUCUGAAGGCUUUGAAAAAGAUAAAGUUACCUUCUAUAUUUUAUCCUGAGACAACGGAUGUUUAUGAUAAAAAGAACAUGCCUCGUCUUGUGUUUUGUCUUCAUGCUCUCAGUCUUUUCUUAUUCAGACUGGGCAUAGCUCCACAAAUUCAGAAUCUUUAUGGCAAAGUGAAUUUUUCAGAUGAGGUUAUGAAUGCCAUGAUGCAAGAAUUGAGCAAGUAUGGUUGUCAGAUGCCUCAGUUUGGAAAGAUCGGAGGGAUUCUUGCAAGUGAACUGCAAGUUGAUGAAGCAUCACUUCAUGCAGCAGUAAUUGCUGUAAAUGAUGCUAUUGAAAAGAAGGAUCCUGUGGAACUUCUUGAAACCUUACAAAAUCCCUCAGCCCACAUACAGAAUGCUUUCCAUGAAAAUAUAGAAAGUUACCUUCAUUGUCUUUCAGAUGCUAAGAUGCACAAGAAAGAGAUAGCCAUCAAUAAGAGCCGUGAUGAAGAUUACAUUCCAGAUGCUUAUGAUGAAUUAUUAACUCAAGCUGAAAUUCAGGGACACAUUGGUGAAGUCAAUGUAUUCUGCAUACUAGAAAAAGUAGAGGAAGCUGUCAAAGAAGGGAACGAAAAAGACUUGCUCUUGGCAUUAACCUCACCAGUUCUCUCUGUCAAGGGAGUCUGUAGGGAGUUAAGCUUGCAUUAUUUGAAAGUUUUGGCUAAGGAGAUGGAUGGAAGGCAUGAAGAUGUGUAUAAUCAAAAUAGCUUUAAUAUCUCUUUUUCUCCAACUUUGCUCACGAAGACAAUCAUACAGAACACAGUGACUCUUGUUAACCAGGAAGCCAGUGCUCAGAAGCAGUUGAAACGCUGUCUAGAGAAUCUGAAUAAAUCCUUAGAAUGUGGAAGUCCAAGUGAAACUUUGGCUGCUCUUAGGGAACUAGGCUCCAGGCUUCCACCUAUAAUGGACUUUGCAGCUCCUCUUUACCAUGAAGAAAUGGCAGCAAACCGCAGUUAUGCAGAUUGUAAUUUAACCUUGGAAGAAGUUGAGGGUGGUGUAAAGUUGCUUUCUGCUAUAGCCAGCAUCAGUGCUGCCAUAGACACUCACAAUCCUGCUGAAGUGUGGCAAUAUUUGUCUCAUCCCCAUGCUCACAUUCAGGGUUUGGAGGAACCAUAUAUACGUGAGUACAUAGCUGCUCUUGAGGAGACAAGGCGAGCUAAAUUGUCAGGGGAAGAUUCGUGCCCUUUACUUACAUAUCUGGACAUUCAGCAAGUGGUAGAUGAGGUGAAUACAAAACGUCAGGAAGAUAAUGAUAAGGUUAGAAUAUUAACAGCAGUAAAUUCUAGUGUGGAAUCAGGAAAUGUAACCGAUAUGAUGAAUGGACUAAAACAUCCAGCUUUAGGUUUAAAGCUUUUGUGCGAGAAUGAUUCACUUCAUUAUUAUCAGCUUCUAAAGUUACUCCGUUCAGCUAAGAAAGAGAUGUUGGGUAGUGAUGCACAAGAAUUGUGGUUGGAGGACAUCCAACAAGUUGUGGGUGCAGUGAAAAGGCAUGCAGAGGAGUCUUCACAAACCGCUCAGAUACUGACUAGAUUGAAUAAGGCAUUAGCAGCAGGCAAUGAUUCAACUGUACUGGACCUCUUGAGGUUGCCAGCAUUAUCUUAUUUACACAUCAGUCAGAACCACCAAGACUUUCUUUCUUUGUUGAAGAAGAACUUUAAGAAGAAGAUAGCUGUAACAUCAAAAUGCCCUUGGGUACCUUACACACUAUUAGAUGGUUCAAAGGUCUUUCUCAAUUUGAAUGAAGGCACUUACACUUGGGAAAAGCCUGAUGAAUUUGUUGUUGCACACAAGAGCCGUUUCAUGACACUCUCUGACCUAGAGGAAGUGGUAUCUCGAGUGAUUCAAAAAGAAGCCCACAAUAAGCAGGUUGAUCAACUAAUGCUAAGAUUACAAGCACGGGUACGGGGCUACCUUGUAAGGCAACAGUUUCAGAAGAAGAAAGAGGCCGUCAUUGCUAUCCAGACUUGGUGGAGAAUGGUAAAAGCAAGGCGAGCAUACGUUAUGUAUUGCAAGGCUUUAAAAAUGUCGGAACCCUACAUCAUUGUACUCCAACGUGCUGUACGAGCAUGGCUGCAUCGCAGACGAAUAAAAAUGCUUUCAUCCCAUUUCGUUAAACAUGUGAAUAAAGUUAUAAUGAUCCAAAGGGCUUGGCGUGCUCACAAAGCAAGACAGGAACUUUUUUCUUUAACGCAUCAGAAGAACCCACCGCUGUCAGUUUUACGAAAGUUCAUUUACCUCCUGGAUGUAUCUGCCAGUGAUUUGGAUGAGGAACUCCGACUUCAGCAUUUGAAAACAGACAUGGUAAAAACUAUACGUAAUACACACCAACUAGAAGCACGUGUAGAUGAACUUGAUGUCAAAAUUGGACUCCUUGUCCAUAAUCGGAUUACUUUACAGGAUGUUAUGCCAGCUGAUAAGGAGAAUAUUAGUCCAAAUGAACAAGAAUUGAAAAAUAGGAAAAACAAAAAAGGAAGUAAAGACACAUUAAAAGCAGGAACAAUGCGUUCACAGAAAGGUUUGAAGGCACUAAAGAAAGAAUCAAGAGAGAAGCUCAUAUGUUACCAGCAUUUAUUCUACUUACUUCAAACUGAGCCACGCUAUUUGGCAACACUCAUUUUUAGUAUCCCUCCUGGAAAAACUACCAAGUUCAUUGAGAAUGUCAUUUUUACCCUUUACAACUAUGGAGCCAAUGAUAGAGAUAAUUAUCUUUUACUGAAAUUGUUCAAGACAGCACUUGAGGAGGAAAUACGGUGUAAAGUUCUAAGGCUUAGUGACAUUGUUUCUGGAAGCCCACCUGUGAUAAAGAUGAUAGUUUCCUUUAUUAGAAAAGGGGCUGGCCAUGCAACACUUAGGGAUAUGCUCGGGCCCAUGAUUCAGAAGGUUGUUGAUGACCAUACAAUGCAAAUCAACACAAACCCUGUGGAAAUAUAUAAGACUUGGAUAAAUCAUUUGGAAAUGCAUUCAGGACAAGCCAGUGGGCUGCCAUAUACAGUAGAUCAGGAACAGGCCUUACAGUACCCUGAAGUUCAGAAGAGGUUGGCACAAGCAAUUACCACAUUGAAGGAAGUGACUCUAGCAUUUUGUCAGCAGAUCACCAGCAACAGGGACCACAUUCCUUAUGCUAUGCUAUACAUGGCUCGUGUCAUGAGAUCAGCUUUGCAACGUAGAUUCCCACAUAUUCCAGAAAAGGAAAUUUUAAAGGUAAGUUGUAUUGUUUGGCAAGAGAUGCGCUUACUUUUGUAG